AUGUGGUUCCAAAAGCAACUCUCCCUCCCGCCCAAGUCGCGCGGAUCCUACCUCAUCACCGACCACAUCGUCAGCUCGAUCCCCGAGAUCAAGGAUUAUAAAGUCGGCCUUUUAAACCUAUUCGUGCAACACACAUCGUGCGCCCUGAGCCUCAACGAGAACUGGGACGACGAUGUCCGCGCCGAUAUGAGCGAUGCGCUCGACCGCAUCGCACCCGAGUCCGGGCCCAAGGGGCAGGACUUGUACCGACAUAGCGCGGAGGGACCGGAUGAUAUGCCCGCACAUAUCAAGAGCGCGUUGAUUGGCGCGAGUGUGACGAUCCCGAUUAGGGACGGCAGGUUGGCGACGGGCACGUGGCAGGGCAUCUGGUAUCUCGAAUUCCGUGCUGUGAAGCAUACGAGACGGGUUGUGGCUACGAUUCAGGGUGAAAAGGCAUGA